CACCUUUUCUUCUUGUCUGUUUUCUCACGUUUCUCGCUAUGUCGGGGGAAGCGGCUCGUCGCGGAGCUGUAGAAAUGUCGGAAGGAGGACCCGGCGCACUCUAUCAGAUGAGUUUUCUCGUCAACGAGAGCGUGACGGAAAUGCUCAAAUUGCUCAACUACGAGGAGACGUUCUGUAAAGAGUUCAGUUUUAAACCGUUCAGUCGACAUUUCUUUGCCGUCUCUCGAAAUACUGGCCAACAAUUUCACGCGUUCGCCUCCCUGUUCGCCUGGCUCGUGUCCCUAUUGGGGACCCACUUCGAGGCACCUCAAGAGUACGACGACCCGAACACCAUACUCUCACAAAUCGUCGACGAGCUGAAAACUAUCGGUUACGGAACCGACUUCCCGCGCUCCAAACUGCGCCAAGGCAGCGGAGAGGUCGUGCUUGACAUCCUAAAAGGUCUGUGCGAGAAAGUCCUGACUGCGAGCGGAUUUCAAUGGAAAAGCGCCGUCUUUCACGAAGAGGACGUCGACGAGGAAGUAAUCGGCGACGAAACGGCGGAACUAACGACGAAAGACGUGGAGGAGGAAAUAGUGGACGAGACAGACCAGCACGACGAUUUCCUCGAUUUGGAAGGAAUGAAGGAACUCAAUCUGCGGCCACUGGAGCGAGGGAAACCGGAGAGUGUGUUAGAGUCGAGUCAGGAUGCCGCUGAGUGGCGACUGGAGGUGGAGCGGGUGCUUCCGAUGCUAAAAGUGCACAUUCGGACUGAUAAUAAAGACUGGCGGUCGCACAUCGAGCAGAUGCAUCAACAUCAGAGCGAAAUAGACUCGGCGAUGGUCGAGACGCAGAGUCAACUCGACAAGCUGUACACAGAGGUGACACGGACGCUCGAAAAGAUCGGGAGUCGUGAGAAGUAUAUCAACCAACAGUUGGAGGGACACAUCGAGGAGUAUAGAAACUUGCAGAAUAAACUUGCAGAAGUGCAGCAGAGGUAUAAGAGCAGUAGUGGGAGUGUGAACGAUUUGACACGCGACUUGGCUCAGAUCACUGACGAGUUAGAGGUCGUGAAGGCUCAGAUGGACGAGCGAGGCACGAGUAUGACCGACUCUGGGCCGAUUGUGAAACUCAAGCAGGGCUUGCAGCGACUGAAAGCGGAGAACAAACAGAUGGAGUUGCGUAUCGGCGUGUUAGAGCACGUGCUCACGUCGGGAAUGGUUCGCGAUCGAAGCGCGUUACAGCAGGACAUGAAGACGUCGGAUCCUCAUGAACAUUAUGGGAGAUUCGAAGCGUUUUAGGCGACCACACUAGUUGCCAACAUAAUGUACGUAGUCUAUCAUUUCUAUUAAACAUAUACCAGUGGAAAACAUUGAGGUGGUGUGUGUCA